ACGUGUGUAAACAACCGUUGAGACAUUUAAACCUUCAGCUGUCAGACACCGAGGGGACACGUCACGGUGGUUUCAAACUGUUGGACUCUAUCAUGCAGCAUGAGCCCACGAGGACGUCCUCCGUGCUCCACCUCAGUGGAGGAGGACCGUCCCUGACGUCCACCAAGAGGACCGAGCCUCAGAACUUUGCAGAGUCUCUGCCAGCAGAGAUGAGCGUGAGGAUCUUCAGCGAGUUGGACCCGGAGAGUCUGUGCAGCGCGGCCUGCGCCUGCAAACUGUGGCACCACCUCAUCGAGGACAGCGAGCAGCUGUGGAGGACUCAGUGUCUGCUGGUCCGAGCCGUCUGCCAGAGGGAGGUGGACAGGGACCGGAGACACGGGCUGUCCUGGAAGGUGACGUUGGUGAGGAACUACACUCGCAGCUGCCUGAAGAGCGAUUGGCUGAGAGGAAGGUACAGUCACGUGAGGUCAGCGGAGGAGCUGAGCGGCAGGAGGAUGACGCCGCUCGACGCCGAGACGUGGGGGGAGAUCCUGGAGGCGGAGCUAGACAGAUGACUUCAGGAGAUCAAAGGAUCUUCAUUGUAUAUUUUGUAUUUUUAUCAGACAAACAGCUGGACGUGUUUUUUUUACUUUUUUAAGAAAAAUAAUCAUGUGGAAAGAGAACGAAUCAAAUGGAACAGAAACUUUAUUGGUGAAUUGUUUCUUCAGCUGUUUCAUUGCUUCGAUGUAAAUAUGUAAUAAAUCUCCUCUUUGAAAGUCA